UUCUCCGUUGGAAGAGGCGAGUCGGAAUGAUUUGACCCUCUCGGCGUCUCGUACACGGGUGGGCUUUGUUGUACAAACAUGCGGAGUUGAUACAUUAGGCGAAUUUAAUUACUGGUAUAUGAUCUGUAACUAACCUCUAAGGUAUACAGAGUGACGUUACGUUAAUAUAAAAAAUGGAGACCGAAAAUCGGGCCCUAAAGAGAUCCUAUGAAGAUGAAGAAAAGUCAGGCUCAGAAGAAUCAGAGGAUGACGAUUAUGUCCCUUAUGUACCGGUCAAAAUUAGGAAACAACAAAUGCUUCAGAAGAUGCUACGUCUGCGUGGAAAGGCCGUGGAUGACGAGCAGAAGGAUAGCGGAGAGGAACAGAGGGAUGAAGAAGAGGGCCUUGGUCCACGCUCGAAUAUUAGUCUCCUCGACCAACAUCAACACCUCAAAGAGAAAGCAGAAGCUCGUAAGGAGUCUGCAAAAGAGAAACAGCUGAAAGAGGAAGAGAAGAUUCUGGAAAGCGUGGCUGAGGGCAGAGCUCUGAUGUCUGUGAAGGAAAUGGCCAAAGGUAUCAUAUAUGAUGACCCAAUUAAAACAAGCUGGAAGGCACCACGGUACAUCCUAAAUAUGCCUGACACAAGACAUGAACGUGUCAGGAAAAAAUUUCACAUCCUGGUGGAUGGAGAAGGCAUCCCUCUUCCCAUCAAAAGCUUCAGGGAGAUGAAGUUUCCACCAGCAAUUCUAAAAGGUUUAAAAAAGAAGGGGAUUGUCCAUCCAACCCCAAUUCAGAUUCAAGGAAUCCCCACAGUCCUAUCAGGUCGAGACAUGAUUGGCAUCGCCUUCACGGGAUCAGGAAAGACUUUGGUCUUCACUCUGCCAAUCAUCAUGUUCGCCCUUGAGCAGGAGAAACGUCUGCCUUUCUUCAAGAGGGAGGGACCAUAUGGACUCAUCAUCUGUCCUUCACGAGAGUUGGCGAGGCAGACUCAUGGCAUCAUAGAGUAUUACUGCAAGCUGCUGGAAGAGGAAGGAGCUCCUCAGCUGCGCACAGCCCUCUGCAUCGGAGGAAUGUCUGUCAAGGAGCAGAUGGAGGUGGUGAAGCAUGGCGUCCACAUGAUGGUUGCCACCCCUGGAAGAUUGAUGGACCUGCUCCAAAAGAAGAUGGUCAGUCUUGACAUAUGCCGCUACUUGGCCCUGGAUGAAGCAGACAGAAUGAUUGACAUGGGUUUUGAAGAAGACAUCAGGACCAUAUUUUCCUAUUUUAAGGGACAAAGACAGACCCUACUUUUUAGUGCUACUAUGCCGAAGAAGAUCCAGAACUUUGCCAAGAGUGCUCUGGUCAAACCGAUCACUAUUAAUGUGGGCAGGGCCGGAGCUGCGAGCUUGGAUGUAAUCCAGGGUCUGGAUUUUCCAGCUAUUCAGCAUGUUGUGAACUAUGACAUGCCUGAGGAGAUAGAAAACUACGUCCACAGAAUAGGAAGAACUGGACGAUCAGGCAAGACUGGUAUUGCCACAACGUUCAUCAAUAAGGGCUGUGAUGAGUCUGUGUUAAUGGAUCUGAAAGCUCUGCUGGUUGAAGCCAAGCAGAAGGUACCUCCGGUCCUCCAGGUGCUCCAGACAGGCGAUGAGACCAUGCUGGACAUCGGAGGGGAGAGGGGCUGCACAUUCUGCGGUGGUCUCGGCCAUCGUAUUACUGACUGUCCCAAGCUGGAGGCCAUGCAGACCAAGCAAGUCACAAACAUUGGUCGGAAAGACUACCUGGCCCAUAGCUCGAUGGACUUUUAACUGUUUUUUCACCAGAAUACAAGUUGUCCUGAUAAGGGUGAAAAUAUUUCUGUGGAAACUGUACAUUAACAUGUAAUGUCACUGAAUUGGGGAAGUAUAUUUUUGUCAUUGCCCCGUAUUUUGUACAGGCUUGUUAGACAAAAAGGAUUACUUGUUUGUACCUUUUCCUCUGAGCUGCUUGUUAUUAAUGUCUUUGUAAAACACUGCUGGGAACGUCUGAACUGUAAAUAAAACCUACAUAUUUGA